CGUUACUGGGGAAACAAAGGACACCAUCACGUACCAAUGCGACAAUGGAGACGUCGUCGAAAGACCCGCUUCAGAAACGCUGUCCAUCGUUAAGGCUGUACUACCUUGAAACGUAAUAUCUUUGGGCGCUGGUGCAUCCUUGAUGUUGCAAUGUAUGGACGAGGAGUAUCCUGCUAAGGGAAUACUUACUGCCCCAUACAACUUUUCAAGGAUGCUGCACUUGAAAGAUGAACUACGGACAGCUCUAACAUCGUUAGCGAUGAGCAUUUAUCUGGGGUGGGCAACAUCGUCUCUAUGGAGACGGUAUCCCCGGGAGCGAUUCUGGAGACUUUGCGGAAGAGGUAAGCGGAACCUGCUAGUUUUCACCCUCCCCUAAAAGUAUUAGUUGUAGUUGUCUUUUUUCUAGGUAGGUCGGCUCCACCACAAGUAUUAGUUGUAGAUUAUUCCGUUCCCGAGUUCUUCUAUUCACAUCAUGUUGAGGAGCCGUCGAAAUGAAACCGAGGUAUACCCGCGACGAAAUCUAUUCAAAUGUAAGCAGUAUUGUGAUUGCGGUGAACCCGUUUCAGAUGCUGAACAUCUAUUCAAGCGAAAUUGUCGACAUAUAUGCCAAAGCAGCAGAUACAACGGAACUAGAUCCGCAUAUAUACUCGGUACUUCCAGUCUAGUAGAGUUCUUUUGACUGAAUGGGCCUGGUAUUUGAUAACCUCCUGAUUUUGAUCAUAAGGAAAACAAGAAGAGAAUCCUUGUGAUCCAAUUCAGGUUACCAAAUACCAAAGCCAUACAUUGACGCGGCCUUCGACGUAUUUACCCAGUGGAAUGAAUCACGUAGCAAUCAGUUCGCAAUUUGCACCCACUUCUGCUGAUGCGCAACAUUCUUAAGAUCAUCUCAUACGAGAACUAUCCGCCCUUGUGAGGAUGUUUCCCAUUGUUAUUCUUAUCUAUCACCAUCUUGUUCUCCCACUCGCUCCCUUAAUCCUCGCACCCCACAUGAUCAGAUCGGCGCCAAUGCAAUACAAGGCCUGUUUGACACUGGCACGGAUCAAGCGAUUCUGAUCUCUGGUGAGUCAGGUGCGGGCAAAACCGAGAGUACAAAAACAGUCCUAGGGUACAUCGCGGAGGUCGCAGGAAGUAGGGCAGGAAUAGAGGCGAAGAUUCUGAGUACCAAUCCUCUGAUGGAGGCGUUUGGAAACGCGAAGACGUCUCGGAAUAACAACAGUUCCCGAUUCGGAAAAUGGUGUGAGGUACUUGCUCAACAUUGAAUCGGACGUACGUCUUCUUUCUAUCUCCAAUUGCUAUAUUCAUGAUCAUCCGUGUGCUCCGUGUGCUCCAUCUACCACAAUAGAGAACAUGAUAAUUCAUCAAGAAGAAAUCUCCACGACCAGGUCAAAUUCGACACUAACCUGUCGAUCAUGGGUGCCUCUAUCACCGACUACCUUCUCGAGACCACGCGUGUGAUCGACCAAUCACCUGUGGAGAGAAAUUACCACAUCUUCUACUCUCUUCUCUAUGGUUCCGACUCCAGCAAAUACAACAUCGAUCCUGACCAAUGUAGUGUCAAGGACUUCGCUUGCCUUAAAAACGCGGCGGCUUAUGCGGACAACAUCAACGACGCCGACGACUGGGAGCAACUACAAAACGCGCUUAGAGUUAAGGCUCACAACAAUUCAUCUUAAGAAGCAUCUUUGGCCCCUUUGUUAAGGGGAGAACACGCCAAAGAUGCACUGGGAGAUGAAUAAGAAUAUAUGUAAGGAGGUCUAAGAGAGAGCUCGGCUUGUCGAAGGAGGAAUGCGAUGCCAUAUUCAACAUAGUGGCAGGAUUGAUGCACAUGAGCAAUUGUUCAUUCCAAGACGCUGAAGUCAAUGGUGGUGAGGGCUGUAAGAUCACGGAUGAAAGCGUCUGUGAUAAAGCAGCCGCUUGCUUCGGAUUCGAGAGCGCAUCGACUUUGCUCUCGGCUCUAGCGUUUAAGCGUCUUCAAGUGGGUAAAGACGUGACGCACGCACCACAGCCAUCAAGCAAAGCACACGUAGCAAGAGAUGUGCUCAUGAAACUCUUUUACGGACGCUUGUUCCGAUGGCUAGUACAAAGAGUCAAUGUCACGCUGGUGGCUGAUAGUGGUAUUCUUCCUUGUACGCCUUGCUAUUCUCUGGUGGGACUUGCAUUUCUUUUCCUGUCGAAGAAGAUCUUCUACUACAUGUCUAGUCUACUUCACCAGAAUCCUCCUUGGUGGAGAUGAUGUUGAUACUCCAAUUCUUGAAACGAGGACCCCUACUUCUGAAUCACUAAUCGAAUUCAUCAAUCAAUUCAUCAAACGAGGACCUCUACGAGGUCGAAUUCAUCAAUCAUGUUCUCCCCCCGCCCUUCUGCAUCCCUCAGCCGCCGACUCCAAAGAAUUCCGAAGAAUAGGCCUCCUCGAUAUUGCUGGGUUUGAGCAUUUCGAGUUCAACUCCUGGGAACAGUUGUGUAUCAACCUGUCGAACGAGUGCCUGCAACAGCAUUUCAAUGCCUUCGUAUUCAAAACGGAGAUGAAGGACUACGAAGCUGAAGGCGUCGCGAUUGACGACAUAAAUUUCGCAGAUAAUGCAGACAUUUUGGAGUUGAUACAGGUACUCAUCUUCUGCGUCUAAUUUAACUAACCCUACUCCUGAGUCUACUCGCUGCUAACUUCUCGUGGUCAUACUACUUGUAGUCCAUGAACAAAGCUCAGAAAGAACCAGAUGAACUCCUGCAUAAAGUAGAAUACUAGAGAACUCCUGUCCAUGAUCAAAUUCAUCAUCAUCUCGUCAACAAAGUAGUGAUAAUCCUCCCUCUCCAAUCACUCUAUCAGGGCAAAACCGGCCUCAUGUCACUCCUCGAUCAAGAGCUUAGUGUGCCAAAGGCCAGUGACAAGACCUACGUCGCCAAGUGCACCAAGCAGUUUGGUGAAGGCGCAACGGGCGGGGGCAACUACAAGAGGUAUAAGCCCAUGCGCCACGCGGACUCUGUCGAAUUCACCUUAGAACACUACGCCGGCGAAGUCAAGUACAACUGCACCAACUGGCUCAUGAAGAACCAGGAUACACCUCCUGCUGAAGCGGUAGACCUUCUGACCGGGAGUAGUAACCUGAUCCUCAACGCUAUCGGGACCGACAUGACGAAAACAGCAGAGGAAGCGGCCACUGCGGGCCGUGGUCGCGGUGGUGGCAAGAAGAAGACUGUUGCGAUAAACUUCAAGGAGUCUCUAGCCAAAUUGAUGGAGAACAUCAACGUCUCCCAACCGCAUUUUAUUCGCUGCAUCAAGCCAAACUCGGAGAAGCAAGCGUCGAAAUUCACGAACAAGAUGGUGUAUGAGCAGCUAAUCUACUCAGGUGCGAUGGAAGCAGUCAAAAUACGGCAACAGGGAUAUCCAUUGCGGAUGCCAGUGAAGGAAUUCCUGGGAAGGUAUCAGUGCGUGAUACCACUGGAUUUGAAGAAGGAACUAGAAGCGAAAACGGGAAAAGCAAUAGGCGAACCAGAGACGCUGAGAAUAGCGUUCCAGAAAUUGCCGGAGCUGCUGGGAGAUGGUUGGACCAAUCUUUUUUACUAGAAGUCUUUUGGAUUCUUGCCCUAUCACUUCCUUAAAUGCUUCUUCAUCUUCCCUGUUCUUGAUGUGGUCACAACUCGAGAAAGAUGAAUCAACCUAGUAGUACCUCCUAACUCUUAGUGUUACACAUCACAGCCCGCGUCAAGGCCGCGGAUUUUCAGCUUGGCAAGAGCAAGGUUUUCUGCAAGUCUGCCGCCCAAAGAGCACUAGACACUGCCAGACGCUUUGCUUACACCGGUAUCGUGACCAUCAUCCAGAGAGUCUUUCGCGGACAUCGCGUCAGGAAACAACUCAGGCUUUCCAAGCAGUACCAGAAGGAGAUCAUCGACUGGCUUGGCAAGUACCCACUAUAUGCCAGCGAGAACCAGAAUGCAACGGUGUUGUUUGGAGGUGCAGAAGGUGUGCAGAAACAGAUCGAUGCCGCGAAUGUGCUGCUGGCCAGAGCAUACAAAGCAUAUCCAGUGCCGCCUGUUUGCCGUAAACAACUAACUUGUUUGAUAAAACGAUUAUUCACUGGUUCAUCUCUGGUGCUUUGUUGAUCAUCUUGAUCUUCAUCUUGUCUUCUUAAGUCCACCUUGUGCUGGUAAACCAACUCUCACCAAUAGAAAUUUUUUCGUCUCUUGUUUUUCUUCUUUCUUUCCUUUGCAUCCUAAUUAAGUCUUGAACUUCUUGUACCUCAUGCCAUGCACACAACAGGCAAAUUCGAGGAGGUUCUGAACAAGAUCAAUCAAGAAAAGGAGCUUUUCGGCAGAAUGGACAGCCUAAAGAAGUGCAUGGAUUUCGUCGAACUAGAUCAGGCAAUGGCUGUAAUGGCCAAAUUGAAGAUCAAAAACGCAGACCUCGAAGCAUUGCAGUGGCGAGCCUCGCAGAUGGCUAUACAAGUGCCGUUGAUAAAGGCACUUCGAGACGUCAAUUGCGCAGAACCCAUUGGCGUCGAAGACGAUAGGAGGAUAUUGACAGUCAAGAACAUAGUAGAAGCGUGCCAAUUGAGCGGGUUGGGGAUGGAUAAGUACUUCUGCUCCUGUCUAAAGGAUGCUAGUAGUACAAGAACUGUCUUUCUUGCUCUGUGUCCUCCAUCAUGAUGUUGUACUAACGCUCCUGCAUUCUUGUUCAACAUCUACUAAUAAUGAUCCAAUCCUUCCUCCCGUCGUCCUCCCCCAGAUCGAAAUGGCUCGACGAGACGGUCCAGGACGUCUUCGUCGCAGUUUCGAAGCUCUACGACGACGUUUGUGGUCGUGUCGAUGUCGCUAGGCGAGAGGAACUUGAAAAUGCCAAGAAAGAAGCCGAGCGCAAGCGCGGCGAAGAAGAGCAGAGGAGGCGGACCGAACUCGAGAAGCAGAAGGAAGCAGCUGAGGCUGCUGGUGACGAGCAUGAGGCAGCUAAGAUCAGGAAUACGAUUAGACGGAUUACUAGGUCAGGUGGUCGCAGCAUGACAGUCACCGCUAUGACGCCUUUACAGCAGGAUCAGAUCUUAGAGAAACUAGCAGAUGCGGCAUUAGAGUUCGACUUAAAGUCGUUAGGCCAACUUUUGGACCAAGCCGUUUCCAAUGGCAUCGACGCGGAGGAACUGAGCGAAGCCAGAGACGUGUUUAGAAACCUACAUUCCGAUGUCUUCGUCAAAGAGUCACUAGUGGCAGCACACGCGGAGUUUCAGAAGCUCGAUCCGCAAUCUCGGGAAAAGAUGGUACAGCUGAAGCGUUGCGCCAACUUGCUAAGAGCAGCGAAGGGCAUGGACGUAGACAGGGAAGUGCUAGUAGAGAUAGAAAAAUCCAUAAGACAGAAGGAAGGCAGACGAGGGACGAUGUUUGGGAAGGAGGCGACGACGAGGGACUUGGAGACGGCAAUAUCUGUGUAUGGCGAUUUGAGUACGUGCCCAAUCUGCAAUCCGAAGGUCGUGAAGACGAUCAGAUUGGAAGAUGGUAUUGUAGCACUUCUGUUUUUUCUCUUUGUGCUGAACUACUCUGACCACCGCAUCUAUGCACCACGUUCUCUCGUUCAAUACAACAUGUGAAGAGCUUCAUCAUCCAGUCGUACAUCAAUCCAAAACACCCUCUCACCUCACCAUGAUCCACUUCCAGGUCGCGUAUUCCAUCCUAUGGAUGCUGGAGGGAUCUUAUCGUGGUCCCGCAGCAAGCUUCCAGGACCCCUGUCAAUCGUCCCAGACACCUAUGGGCAAGCUGCGACGUCUGUGCAUAGGAACAUCCUAGGUUGGAUGAACGACAGGCCGGUCACCGAGGCUAAGAGGAUGCCCUUGGCAUAUGCAAUUGUACUACUUUAAGUAGCCGGAUAGAACAAGAGAGAACUACAAAAUAAGAAACAGUGUAAGUCUUACACUGUUUCAUCUCAUUUUGUUUUUGUUGUUCUCUCUUGUUCUAUCCGGCUUGAAGAUGUAGUUUUCCUCUUUCAUGAUCUACCUUUAGCUUAAUAUAUUACCCCAGCGUGCUGAGGACUGCUGAGAUUCACCUACUUCACGAUGGAGACGUUGAAACCGUGAUCAUCCAUCGAUCUUCAGCUUCACACUAACUUACUCUACUUCUACAACAGGUCUUCAAAGCCAAGGGUGAACCAAUUCUCCGAUCCGAGAUCUACCUCCAGCUGAUGAAGCAAAUCCACAACAACCCCAAUAAGAGGUCUGAACUCCUUGGCUGGAAGGUGAUGGAGUUCAUGUGCCAGUACGUGGAACCAGCGGCAGACCUGCUAGAAUACAUCCGUGCCUUCUUGAUGAAGCACAAGCUGCGAACGAGGGGGGACGAGACACUAGUGGAAGUCCUCAGCGUGGUGUCGAAUUGCUACAAGCACAUCGAGAAGUACGAGGUUGGUGUGGGAGCAGAUAUUAUGGCAACCAGCCUUAUCUUCAAGAAGUAGAACAAUUAUAUCUCAAUAAAGAUGAUCCUCAUAACAACUACUACAGCAGACUCUACAACAUGCACAUAUUAUAAAUAUUACGACACGAUCCAGCACAUCUGCUUCCUUCAUCUCAUCUAACCCUAGCGGCUCCAGCGACUCCACCGAGCAGAAGAAGCAAGGCGUAGUCGUCACCUUGAUGGACGACACAACUAGGAAGUUUCAAGUGCCAGAGAGUAUGGGUCUCCAGGAAUUGGCGGACAAACUAGCGGCCCAACUGUCAAUCUGCACGAAUCCUGCAGAGUUCUCGUUCUUUCAGGUCACCGAGGGCCUAGACCAACAUCGGCUGAUACCUGAGAACGUCAAUGUCUGGGAUCUGCUUGGAAAGUGGCAGAAGCUCUACCAAGCUACACGUAGACAAAGCAAGCUGUUGUGGAAGAGGAGGUUUUUGAAGUUAUGAUGCAGGAUACACUUAAACUAUAGUAUAAUAUUACGGUCAGCUUAUUUUAUCCAUCUUUCUCGGAAUCUCGGUACCUUUUUCCCUUGUAUUCUCAUGAAAUACAAGCUAAAAGGGGUCAAGAUGAGGGGGCCGCGAUGCAUCAAUCUAGCAGACUCUAACUAUAAUCCCUUUCAUCUCCCUCGCUCUACUCCGUCUGUGUUUGCUCACAAGAGGCCGUAUAAGUAAUUAUACUUUCGACAAUUUUUCAUAUUCUCGUCGUCCUUCACCAGCAACGAAAUUCAUCCAGCUCCUCUAACACUCCCGACCGAGCUGCUCUCCCCCACCGACAUCAUGCAUGCGCAUCUAGUGACGCGUCAGGCACGAUUAGAGUGGCUGAAGUACCCAAUACCAGAGAAAGAAGAACAGAUAGCGGCUUGUGCAGCCGCAGUCUGCCUUUUAGAGAGGAAUGCUUGGAAAAGACAGCUAGAAACUGGAGAGUUCUCGGGAGACGACCUUAGAAGGCUGAUCCCAGAUGCGCACUAUCAAAAAGGUUUGGACUGGGCAGCAAUGAUAAAACAACAGUGGGAUUCGACCUUCAAAUACUACGGAAGACAACCGCCAAUAGAAAUCAUGUCCAGGUACUAUCAAUCUUCUGGAGGUUUUUUACACAUCAAUUGCAACUACUAGGUCUUACUUCUCUGAUGUAUUAAGAUUCAACAUCCAACUCGAUUAUUUACAACUCGAAUUCCUGCUCAUUAUCAACAUGUAAACGCACACCUAAACCUAUACCUGCUAAAAAUGAAUCCAGGUUCAUGACCCAGUUCCAAUCUCUGCGCGUCUAUGGCGGUUAUUUCUGGCUAGGCGAGCAAACGAUAGAGCUUGCCGAUAGCGAUAGAGCGAUGAGCCGCAUGCCUAGUGACAUGCUGAUAGUGAACAAGAAGGAUCCAAAUGCCAAGUUCUGGAUCUCCAUUACUUUGGAUGGGAUCAGUCUUGUUAGUACGGAGAAGGGGAGCAACUUUGUCCGGAAAUUUAGUUACGGCGAGGACAGUCAAGAGAGGCUAUUGCGGUGGGGCGCUCGAGGGAACUUGCUGCAACUAGUGGUACAAGCCUUUUCGCAGAAAGGGCAGAGGAGAUUGCCGUUGAUUAUGGCUCCGGAAAAUCUAAAUCUUUCGUUGGAACAAUAUUAAUCAUAAAAUAUAUAAAUAGUUCAUAAUGAUGGAUUCUCGUCGUGAAGUCCGUAAUUCUCGUGUCAGUCUACUUUGAAACGAGGUCCUCACCGCUGUCAAUGAUCAAUGCAAAUCAACAAAAACAAUGUGACUUAAACUUCCUCUUGUAUCUUCAGCUCCGCUCAUGCAAUCCCAUAAUUUAUAUUACCCUGCAUGCUCCCUUCGUCCUCUAUUGUCCAUUUCCCUCCCUUCUGCUUCUCUAAUCUGUCCAUCGUCCUCUAUUGUCCAGCCGCCAUCGACGUAGCGUAUUUGAUCCAUAGGAUCAGCGCCGAUUGCUUCCUAGGCCAAGCCGAGGAACAGCGAGAACGCGAAGAGAGGAAACGCGAAGAAGAAAAGAAAGCUAGGGACGCCAGGAAUCGAUUCCUACAAGACGCACAAGCUGCCAGCAAAGACGUGAACAACACUUUAGCGAAGAAGAAGAAGGAAAAGAAAGAAAAGAAAGAGAAGUCUGGUGAGAAGAAGGAGAAAAAAUUAAGGUGGAAUCGGAAUGAAUAAUAUUAUCCCAUGAAUGAAGAUGUAGUCGCCCAUCUGUUAAAGAAGUAGCAAUAAAACAGAUUUUUAAGCAUCACAGGAUCCUUUUCCCUUAUAAGUACCUUAAAGAAGCAAUAAAAGAGAUUUUUAAGCAUCACAGGAUCCCUUACCCUUUCCCGUAUGUCGCUAUUGAUGCUUACGCAAUACGCUUGUGACCUAGAAGAAGAUAGGAAAACUCAACAUUAUCACCACCACCGUCCCCACUUCUUCAUACUUCGAGAAGAAAGAAAAGAAGGAAAAGAAAGAGAAGAAGGAGCAUCAAGGCGAGAAGAUGGGAGAGUCGCCAGACAAAUCCGCAUUGGAGCAGAGUGCGGAGUUGAUUGGCGCUUGAUGAAAGUCCAAUUCUAUUUUCACGACUGUCUUUUUUCAUGCAGACUAGGAGAUCUGCUUGAUGGGAUAAACCAAAGCAAGAAAGUAGGUGGAAGACUCUUCCAACUUUGUCAUACUUAACCAACAUGCAGAAGAAAGGACUUGAAAGAGGUAAACUCGUUAAAAGGAAACUCAACUUUACAAUUUUCCAAGCAUACAAAGCAUAGCCUUUCCAUAAGGUAGUAGGGGUGUCUUAUAGUUCAACGCGAAGUAGUACUAAUUAAUCGUAUUUCUCUACUGUGUCUUGGGUUAUAGGAUUUAUAGAACAUAGCUAAAAGAACCAUAUUAGUUACAUCUGAAAGAACUACGGCACCUCCUGGCAUUAGUCAACCAUAACUCCGGGAUUUAUUUCCCUUGUCGGUAGCUUUCGCUAUUGAUAACAUGUGCUGUACAUAAUGAUUUGGGUUUUUUAAGCGAUAAGAAUAUAGGGAAGUCUUAUAUCUAUAUAAGAGAAGGAUGAUACUUUUUCACGAGACUUAAAGGAGUUGAUAGUUGAAAAAUUUCUUACAUAUUAUUAACUAGGUAUGGAACUGAUUAGUUAGUUAUACACCCGAUGGGUUUUUAGUGGCACGUUGACGAAUUGAUCGUCAGGUAGGACGUUCUCUGUGCCGCGGAUAAGCCUGGUGUUUAUGUUAGUUAAAAGUUCUACGAGUUUUUAUCGUGUCGUUGGAUCUUCACCUUGAAUAGCUGCGCUGCUGUCUUCUUCAUGAAGUGAGUAAUUAGAAUUUUUUGGUGGUUUUGUGUUUAUGUGGUAUUGGAUGAUGAUUAGUAUCUGAAUCUUGAUUUUUGUCUGGACUUAUUCUUUUCAUUGUUGUCCUCUUGGGGUUCUCCGUGCUGAUUCUUGUUGUUUUUAUAAAUAUAUUGCUCUUUCUCCUUCAUCAUACCACAUCAUCACUCACUGAAUUUAUGAAUUUUUGAUGCUUCUCUUGGUGUCUUUCCUCUGGACUACGUCCCUCUUGUAGAAGAUUAAAAAAGUCUCAACAAAAACCUCAUGAACCUUUCCAACUCGCCCCAAAUGUAGGUUGACAGAGCUGUGCAGGCAGGCGUAGUAUAUAAAAGUGACACUGGAAGCACGUAGCGUGUUUCGUAAAAAUUUUUUUCGACUCCUCUUGGCGUUCUGGUACUAACGGAGAAAGAGUAUCGGUUGUGCGGGGGAUGAGAUGAUUUUUGUAAGCGAUUUUUCCGAAAAAUAAGAUUAUCAGAACUGUUCGCGUUCGGUCUACUCUCUGAUUGUAUGUCUUUUGAUAAAUUUUGUGAUGUUACCGCAACCGCUGUUGUCACAACAACUUGUACAACACUUCACCUAACAACUAAGAACUAAGAAUGUGUAGUUCUUUCGCCGCAUACUAUUACUAAUCUUUCUUAGAAGACAGACGGCGCACUUGAUAAAGUUCAACAAAACAGCUAUAAUUUCUUGUACUAGAAGCAGGAGGAGCUUAAAUAUAAUGAGUUCAAAUAUCAAGCCUGCCAGCUUAGCCAUAUCCCGCUAGUUUAUCCAUGGCUCGCUGGCGGUAUGAAUUGUGAUAUCAUCCUCUACUAUCUAGAAGAAAAGGUAGUGGAAGCCUACGGGAUGAAGGGAGAGGGAGAUCAUGAAUAGUACUAGAAGGGUUAGGCUGCCGCUGCGUCAUCACCACGUGUUUUUCUCAGGAGCGCAUUGAAACACGAUUUUGAUGGAUCUUCAUACCUCUCAGAUACUAAACAUCAAAUUGUGUCCAACUUUCUCUUGUCGUCGUGGUUGCAUUGUUAAUCAGCUUAUGUACGACAGUUCGGCUAGUGCUGUUGCAUAUGCAAUGUUCUGGAAGAUUUACUUCGAAGUCAGAGCAGCAACAGGCGAAGAACGCGUGUGAGACGUGUAAAAAAAGGCUAUAAAUCGUAAGUUGUAGAUAAAGUAUUAGACUCUACGAGGAGGGAGGGUCGCUGGAGGGAGGUCGAUGUAGAUCGAUAGCCAAUAGAGCCAAAGUCUUUUUUCAUUCUCCUCACAUUUCACUCCUGUAAGUACAAGUCGGGUGAAUGUUUGAUUAUACAACUACAAUAAGGGAGGUAACAAAUCCAAUUCAUUGAAAAAUUAUACGUACUAGAACUUGUUUGCUCGCAGAAGAAAGUCCUCUUGUAGUUUUUGUGUCAGAACUUGCUAGAACUACCAUGUUAGUUUUCGGCAAAACCUAAAAUUUUUGAGGGACGCGGGGUCCUUUAGGUCAUCUGGGAGUUGUUCAUCACGACAAAUAAUACUAAAUUAAUGGGCUGCAGCCGCAGCUUCUGGAAUUUCACUUUUUUUGAACUUAUUUUCCAUGCAGCUGUCAUCACUGGACGACCUGGAGCCACGUAUUUUUUUAGUAUAAUCAGGAGUUCAUCGAUGGAGUAAGAGUUCAGUGGGGGUCCAUAUUUAUUAUCGAAGCUGCGGAGCAUAUGUUGAGCUUGAGGAGUUUCUGACCAUCUUAAUCAACAUAGUACGUCUACUGUCAUUUUAUUACUGGCUAAGUACAUCUCACAAUUAACGUCUCUUUUUCUCCGUAAUUAACUCAUGGUCAUGUUGUUGAUGGCGUGGUGAAAUAACUCUUGAAUCUUCUUCUAACAAGUAGACACGGUCAAGAUCAUCCCGUUUUAGGACUAUUUCGUACUACAACACGCAGUCUGGGGUGCGUCGGAUUCCUGCCUUCGUCGCGUGUCUUAGAAGACUCAAAGACAUACGUAGGAAGCGGUCGACGUGGUCUACAACGUCCUCUCUCAUCAUACAUAUUGAAAAUGAAUUUAUCAGAAGUAGAAGCUCAUAUCGUUUACGGACGUAGAGGUGCGGCAGUCGCAGCUGCAAGGAGGGUGGUGCCCUGUAGAGGCGCCCUGAUUGAUUGACUGCCCGUCGUGCCCCACAUGACACUGACAUGCAAUUUAUUUGUGACUCCCUCCCCUCGAUAUCCUCCUUCAAAGGGACUCAAGUUUAAUUUCUGCUGAUCCGGUGCUCAAUGCGCAGGGCUGAGGCAGGACCCCAUCUGAAUCUGAAUCUGAAUCCCCCAGAGAUAAAGUAGAAAAUUGAAAAAAACCUAUUUUUGCCUUCCCCAGAGAAGAUUAUGACACGACACAAGAAAUUUUUCCUCCAAGAAUGAGUCAUCACGGUGUGCCACAAGCAUCACGACAGGCAAUUUUUAUAGGCACGCU